AUGGUGGCCGAGAUGGCUCAAGACAUUGUGAAAUCAAUAAAGCAUCGCAUUUUAUUUAUAGAAAACGUGAUUCGCUUUGGCGGUGUUACAACUAUUGUAAAGGAAUUCAUAAAAGAAAAUAAAGAGUGGAUCGAUGGACGACUAAAACUGGAAAAUGCCUACAAGCAAAUUGUUCUUGGAAAGAAUCGAAUAGAAGCCCAUGAAUUCUAG